GGUCAUAAGCUCUGACAGGAAGCGGAAGCUCGAAUCGAACCAACAACUGCAACUGUUUCCGUGGGUUACGGAGUUUCGAGUGUGAAAACUGCACUCGUUCGGCAGUGGCACAGUUUCGAUGCAACUCGGCUGAGUGAGAGAAAGCAGCUUUUCGGCUGCUGGCCGUAGAAAGGUGAUGAUUGAAUUACGCGGAGAUCAUCGCCACAGUUCAAGUGUUUUGAGCUUCGAGAGUCGCCCGAGAAGUUCAUUCGAUAAUCAAUCGGUCGUUCGUGUCGUACCGAGUUGUGCGCUUUACUUUUCCGUCGUGGCCUUGGCUUUGACAGGCUUCGGUUAUGACCCAUUUACGAGAGUUGCGGAACGGAAGGCAGCGGCAGAGGCUGAGGUGGAAGCAGAAGUGGCCGGAUUUUAUACGGGCAUCGAGGAAGAAGCGGAACCGGAAGAUGAUAUCGAAAUCAACUACCGACCGAACUUGUACUUGGCACGAAUCAUGGCACCUAGCAUAGUUUGCUGGAUGUUGCACGGUUCGAUGCAUCUUCGUUUGGUGCGUCAAAUCGUUGGCCUUGGGCAUUUUUUGGUCGGUGUUUUUUAUAUGAUAUUUGGACUUGCGAGUGACGUGAAUGGCCUACUGAUGGGCUGUGGAUUUGUGUCGGAACUUUUUUGGGCCGGAAAAAUGGUACUAUUUUACUAUCAGAUCAUCGUUUUCAGUUCGGGCUCGGAUCGAUUCUCCGGUGUUAUUUACGGUGUCGUUGCACAAUGCUUGGGAUCUGCCACACUACCAUGGAUACUGGAUGAGCUUGAAGAGCACUGGGAAGGAACUCAGUACGUGCUCAAUCUGCCAGUUUCAGCUAUUCAACUGGCAAUGUUCCUUCCGCUAGAGCUGUCCAAGAAACAACCCGAAGAACUGUUCGAAAACGACUCGAGCUUUAAGUUUCCCAAACUCAUCGCAGUUACGUCAUUUAGUGUUGUUAUCUUAUCUGCCAUCAGCAACGUCACAAUCCAAUGGUUCCUAAACAACAAUGAAACCCUUCUGCGACCGUUUCUUCCAUUUCUCGCGGGAGAUGAUUUCCUGGGCACUUUCUGGAACAUUGCCUACAACGGAAUCGGUUUUACGUUGCUAGGAUUUUUCUGCCUAUUUCUGAACACCAGCCAUGUGAUGAUUGCCUCGUUCCUAACCAGUUUCACCGCCGGUCUGAUCUACUUAUAUUUCGAGGAGGAAAUAGCCGCCCGAAUGAUUCUACCAAUGACGGGUUUUACAUGUGGAGUCGCGUUUGCCCUGCUGCUGGAGCUGUGUCCACAAAAUCGACUGACCUUGCUGAUGGCAGUUGUUUUUUCGUUGGUCAAUCUGGCCACGUAUGGAUUUUUCGCACUGCUCGCGUUGCUGUGGAAUUCACCGGAUAUUGUCAUCAUUGUGGUUUGGGCGGUAAACGGAUUUUUCGGUCUGGGAUUGCUGGUUCUUUGCCGAGAGCUCGGCCAACGACGGAUGCAGCUCGAAUUGGAACCACGCCGUGAUGCUAGCGGGAGCUUUCAGACUGUGAUAACCACCAUUGCUUGAA